GAAAGACAGGCCCAGAGCUCUGAGAGAGCAGGCAGGGAAGAGACCAAGAGAAGAACAGCACUGAAGACCACAGAGAACAGACUAGAUGUCCAACAAUACUCACACACAGGACAAAAUGGACAAGCAAAAGCUGAGGGCUGAACUCAGUCCUCGAGUGUCCAAGAGCUCUGCGCAGCGCCUGAGCCGGGACCUCACCUGCUCCAUCUGCCUGGACCUGUUCAAGCAUCCGGUUUCCUUGCCCUGCGACCACACUUUCUGUGAGGCCUGUAUUUCCAGCUACUGGAGCGGCCCUCGCGGCAAAGGCCAAUGCGGGUCUGGUUCCUGUCCUCAGUGCCGGAAAGUCUUCCCUGGCCAGAGCUACCGACCCAACCGCAUUGUAGCCAACAUCGUGGAGAGCUACUGCCAGGGGAUCGAGGAAAGUGGGGGUCGGCUGACCGAGUUGUCGGCAGACACAGUUCCUAAAACCCCACUUUGCAGCCGACACAGAGAAGAGCUGAAACUCUACUGCGAGGAAGACCAGGAGCUGGUGUGUCUGGUGUGCGGGAUCUCUCAGGAUCACCGGGCUCAUACGCUGGUGUGCGUGCAAGAUGCACAGAAGAGAUAUCGGGCUUCUCUAACCACUUCUGCAACUGCCCUUCAAAAAGAGCUCAACACUGCUCUAGAGUGUGAGAGAGAGACUGAAGAGGAGGUGAAGAAACUGAAGGAGCACACUGCAGAUCUGAAGCAGAGAAUCGAGGCACAGUUCAGCGAGCUCCACCAGUUCCUGUACCAGGAAGAGAAACUUCUGCAGGUGAAGCUGAAGACGGAGGAGCGUCGGGAGCUGAUAAGGCUGGACGAACACAAGGCCCUGCUCAGUGUGGAGAUCUCCCGUCUGCGCAGAGCUAUGCAUGAUAUCGAGGACAAACUUAGCGAACAAGAUCCUUACACGCUACUCAGGAGUAUAAAGGGUCUGCUUCAAAGCAGGCAGCCACAGAAGUUCGAGAGGCAGGCACUGACACCACCCAGUCUGUGUGAGGGCCGCUUUGCCGGGCCCCUGCAGUACAGAGUGUGGAAGUCACUGAAGGGAAGCAUCUAUCCAGCUCCCUCAGCCAUCACAUUUAACUCCAAAACAGCCAACCCCUGGCUCAGUCUUACAUCUUCGCUCACCUGUGUGCGCUACCAGACCUUCAACAUCACGGUGCAGGAUAACCCACAGCGCUUUAACGCCGCCCUGUCUCUCAUGGGCAGUCAAGGGUUCACUAAAGGCCGCCACUACUGGGAGGUGGAGGUGUACAGCAGCACCGUGUGGACCGUAGGAGUCGCUCGUGAAUCCGUCACAAGAAAAGGCGUCAUCAAUACCAUGCCUGCCAACGGCUUCUGGACACUCUCACUGUCGUAUGGAGUUCAAUACAUGGCUGGGACGUCUCCACCAACAUUACUGGCCUUGGAAGAGCCACUGGCGAGAAUCGGCGUUUAUCUGGACUACAAAAGAGGGCUGGUGUCCUUCUAUGAUGCUGAGAACAUGACACACCUCUACACCUUCAAGGACACCUUCACCGAGACCCUCUACCCUUAUUUUAACCUGGGGUUCCUGGAUAAAGUGCAUGAAAAUGAACCUCUUAAGGUGUUCCUACCUAAAAUCUGAAUUUUAGGUUUUAAUAUUCAUAUUUUACAUGCUUUAUUAUUUUAUAUUUCUUAAUAUUUCUUUUCUAUAUAUAAACACUAGGCUGGACCUGGAUAAUAAUUUUUUUUUUAAAAUAAGAAAAUAUUGUUUAAAAGGUAAGCGAAUUACAAUUUCCACUAUAUAUAUAUAUAUAUAUA